CUCCACCUCAUCUUCCCAAGCGAAUAUCAGACGUGAAUCGUGUACAACAUGUCGAAUAAAUUGUUCGAUGUCUUGCAGUCAGAAUAUUGUCCUCCACUGGACACCUCCCUCUUAGCUGCACUGAUCGCAGACUUGCCACCAGACAACAACGAUGGGAUUUCACCCUCCCCGCAUCAGGUUGCAGCGCUUCGGGCCACUCUGAAAGAACUAGCCAGCCAAGCCACCGAGCAGUACGAAAGCGAACUGCGCGAUGAGCUUGAUUCUGCUCAUCUUUCUUCUCAGUGCUUCAGCACCGACGAGUCGUGCAGCUCCCCCGGUUAUUACGGAGAAACUGCGGAAAGCUUGACUUCUGAAUCCUCUGUACUUUCAAACCAAUCUUUUAGCUCCCCACUGGGCUUUCUGCAAGCCGCGUUACCCCACAUACCAUCUUCCAAACUUAGGCGCGCCCUGAGCGAAGCUGGCUCCACCGACGUUAGCGACGUCGAUAUGGAAUCAAUCAUGGAAAACAUAUUGACAAAUGAAUACAUACGCGAACUCGAGGAACGUGGCCUUGACGGCUUAGACGACGAAGACCCUUCGCACCUUAUCAGUGAUGAUGCGAUUUGGCAUCGCAUGGAGCCCAGGAAGAAGGUUGCUUCACCUUCAACAAACGGGAACGUUACGAAGAAGAAAAAUGUUCGAAACAAGAACAAGACUAUCCCGCUGGUUGACAUACGCCAGAGACAACAUAUACCAUCACCUGCUCGUGAAUCACUAUCCACGCCGGCACCAGACAUGUGGACCCAGGUGUCUUCCAUUUCUGAACAUUUAGCCACACUCCUACCUUCCAAUCCACCCAACUUUUUUCAAUCUUAUUUCCAUUCCCCGAAACAUACCUCACCCGUGAAGGCUGUUCGCGCCGCUCUCUCCGACAUCGCGGAGAGAAUGAAAAAACCAAAAAGUCCCACUCCCUCGCCGCAUUCGGGAGAUACUCUUGUUCUUUUCAAUCUUCUGGACGUUAUCUGCGAAUCCCCAACUUACGCCAGGCUAAACCCCCCACAACGUUCCAACGUCUAUUCCGACGUGCAACUCGCACUUUCAGCGACGCAGGGGCGCGGCGAUAACUCCCUCGACAUCGUUUGGCUUCUCCUUGAGCUGGAGCUUGAUGGCCAAACAGGCAGUCUGGCGAUGGGCGUGUACCACCUUCCGCAGCCUCCCCUUUCCCCGAGCUCACCUUCCGCCGGAUUGUCUUCGCCCGUGUCGCCAAGCAAGUCCCCAAUUCGGGUGACGAAUGCAAUGUCACAGUCACCUCCUACCGCCAAAUGGAUACCUCAUUCGCCGACGAAAGCAGCGAUUUCCAAUGCUCCCGAUUGGCAGACUGUUGCUUCUCGAAAACCGCCCCCCGUCAACCAUCGGCGAUCGCUCUCGUUGUGUAUUCCUAGCUACGGUGACCAUCCAUCUGGUGGGACAGCCAAGGUACGCGGAGCUGGUAACGGUUUUGGUAAGGGCGGCAAGGGCGACGUGGGAGAGCUCACCUCGGGACGGCGUAACAUGCGUAGACAUUUGACAAAAAGUUGGAUGAAGGAGAACGAACUAUUGCGUGAGGCAUCGAGGGCUUGGCGUAGUGGAAACGCGAAAUCCAGGGGGGGCGAGAUCGCUCAGUAUUUUGCUGAGAGAGCGCGUGAGACGCGUGAACGUGCAAAACGCGAAGCGCUUGACGAAGCCCGCCGUAUGGUUGAAACGAAACGGUAUAAAAGCACCGAUUCAAACACGCUUGACAUCCACGGAACCAACGUGUGGGAAGCCACCACGAUUGUCAAGGAAGUCUUGCAGAGGGAAGGUUGCACUCCUUCUAAACCGCUCAGGAUAAUUACCGGCCGGGGUAACCACUCUGCUAACCGUGUCGGUGUACUCAAACCAGCCGUCAAGAAUGCGCUUGUGCGCGACGGAUGGAAUGUAAGUAUAUGGGAAGGCGGACUGGUCGUUCGAGGACGAGGCGCGUGAUCUUGUGUCUGUUGAAGACGACAAGUGAUGUCAGUAGCGAGGGUCUGUGACCCGAUCUCAAACGCACAUUUCAGUGUAUUUGCUUUCCUGUCCUGUAGUGCUUGUUGCGUCCGUUUUCCGCUUCCCUGUAUGCUUUGAUAUAUCCUGGUGUAACGUAGGAUCUACCCUUCUGCUUGAUUUUGUGUACAAUAGUGUGGACAAUGGAAUUACAUCGACGGGAAUACAGCGAGU